GGGGCUAAAGCGGAGGGGGGCUGGCGACCCGGCCCGCAGAGCCGGUGCCAGCGGGCUGCUGAGGUGGCUGUCGCCGGCUCCGAGCUGCGGCUUCCCCGGGUCGAGCCCCCGAUGGAAGCCGAGGCCGCGGACGGCCCCCCGGGCGGGGCCGAGGCGGCGCUCAGCUGCUUCUCCUUCAACCAGGACUGCACAUCCCUAGCAAUUGGAACCAAAACCGGCUACAAGCUGUUUUCUUUGAGUUCUGUGGAGCAACUGGACCAAGUCCACGGAAGUGAUGAAAUCCCGGAUGUCUACAUCGUCGAGCGCCUCUUCUCCAGCAGCCUGGUGGUGGUGGUCAGUCACACGAAGCCACGGCAAAUGAACGUCUAUCACUUCAAGAAAGGCACGGAGAUCUGUAAUUACAGCUACUCCAGCAACAUCUUGUCCAUAAGGCUGAACCGGCAGAGGCUGCUGGUGUGCCUGGAGGAGUCCAUUUACAUCCACAACAUUAAAGACAUGAAGCUGUUGAAGACCAUCCUAGAUAUUCCUGCAAACCCAACAGGUCUGUGUGCCCUCUCUAUCAACCAUUCCAAUUCUUACGUGGCCUAUCCUGGAAGCCUGACUACAGGGGAAAUUGUGCUUUACGAAGGACACUCCCUGAAAUCAGUCUGCACUAUUGCUGCCCAUGAGGGGACACUGGCUGCCAUCACCUUCAAUGCCUCGGGCUCCAAACUAGCGAGCGCUUCUGAAAAAGGCACAGUCAUCCGGGUGUUCUCUGUACCUGAAGGGCAAAAGCUCUAUGAGUUUCGGAGAGGAAUGAAAAGGUAUGUAACAAUCAGCUCCCUAGUUUUCAGCACGGACUCCCAGUUCCUGUGUGCCUCCAGCAACACCGAGACAGUGCACAUCUUCAAGCUGGAACACCUCAGCCACAGUCGGCCAGAAGAGCCUUCGACCUGGAGUGGCUACGUGGGAAAGAUGUUCAUGGCCGCUUCCAACUACCUCCCCGCCCAGGUGUCAGACAUGAUGAAUCAGGACAGGGCCUUCGCCACCGGGCGUCUGAAUUUCUCUGGACAGAGGAACAUCUGCACCCUCUCAACGAUCCAGAAGUUGCCAAGGCUCUUAGUUGCAUCAUCCGAUGGACACCUUUAUAUCUACAAUUUGGACCCUCAGGAUGGAGGAGAGUGUGUCUUAAUCAAAACCCACAGGUUGCUUGGCUCAGGAACAGAAGAGAAUAAAGAAAAUGACCUCAGACCUUCAUUACCUCAGUCUUAUGCAGCAACUGUAGCCAGACCCAGCACAUCUUCCGCCUCCACGGUGCCAGGUUAUUCUGAGGACGGCGGGGCGCUCCGAGGAGAGGUUAUUCCUGAACACGAGUUUGCGGCUGGACCAGUGUGUCUUGAUGAUGAGAAUGAAUUCCCCCCUAUAAUGUUGUGCCGUGGAAGUCAGAAGGGCAAAACGAAGCAGUCAUGAUGAGCCGCGCACCUCAGAAAUCAGGACACCCCCUGUCAGGUGGUUCUGGAGAAACAAGGAAGGUGGAAGAACGGAGUGCGGUUGUGGGCACCGCAUGGGGGGCUGGACUCCCAGGUGCCUCCUGCUUAAGCCACAGGACAUGGUUCACUGCUCCCCAAGCCCCGCUCAGCCCUGGCUGCCGGAGGGUGUGGGGGACGCUGUGCACACAUCCCGCUAUUUAAAAUAUAUUACAGCCAUAGUGUCGACACGAACUAACCAUAUUGGUCUAUAACCGGACUUUUAUAUUAAAAAGGGCAUCCUUUUCAAAUGUAUGCUGUGUAAAAAUGUACUUAUAGGGAAAUGUCUUCUAAUUGUAUUUCUUGUAUACUUCAUCUAGAGAGAGACUAUUUUAGCCAAAGUAUUGUUGCAGUGAUUAGAAUAAAUCAUUUAUUACCUUUGAGUCCCGUUUAGGACACUAAUAAUAAAAUGAUGGCAAUGCA